AUGUCGACGAUAUCGGCCGGUGUGAGCGACACGGUCAACGAUGAUGAGCUCAAAGCGCGCUUCAAUUCGUUUGGUCAAGUAACGGAUGUACAUAUAGCGGUGGACACGCUUACCAAUACCAGGCGUGGCUUUGCUUAUGUACAGAUGGAAUGUACAAACGCGAGUCUCAAGCGAUGCAUGUCGUUGCUCAAUGGAACACGGUGGAAGGGCAAGGAACUGCAUCUCGCGCUCGCCAGACCCAGAUUCGUCAGCACACUACAGAAGGAGAUUGACCACCGUAAGAAACAGGAACAGACUCUCCAGGAUGAGCGAGAAAGGGAGGCGCGCGGCGAGAUUGUUCAUCCCGUUGUUGAACCGGUAGUGAUGGGUAUCAAACUGGCUAAGAAAUCACAUGGCUGGAAACUAGCGGGUAGACAGGGCAGACCAGUGGCCGUAAUGAAAAUGUACAAUCCAUACAAGCGGCGUAUCAUUGUCAUGGAUCCCACCGACAACGUACGGUCGGCAGUUCGAUACCACCAGCCCAGUCAGAGCAACACAAAUAGUAUUAGUAUGGGUGGUAGAAGGAAGAUAAGCAAACCACUGCGGGAGACGGAGGAAACACCCGAGUACUUGUCGAGGAUUGAAAAGACGAUAAUUGACGAGAAGCGAAUGCUACGUAGCAUAGCGGAGAAUAUUGGGAAAACUGGUGAGGGCAGUACACAUACUACAGGCCAGGAUGAUGCACCUACACAGACACAGAUACAAUCACAAACCCAAUCCCAUGCGGCCAAGAACGUGCCAUCGAACGAAACGCAGAAAGUGAAUACGCAGAAGGAGAACAGAGAACUCAGGAGCGCUGCGGCCAAGGCUUGUGCGAACGUCAUGGGAGAUGAUACGGACGACCCAGUAGUUGACGAGAAGGCAGAUACGUAUGUUACAUUCGAUGAUGUUGAUGCCGAUACAUAUAUGGAUGUUGCGAUCACCACGGCAGUGGACAAAGAGGAAAAGUGUUAUUUGAUGAGUAGUACUGCAGACACCGAAGAUAUAGUGGCGUCCGAAUUGGAUGAUACAGCAACCAGUGCUAAGAUGAACAGCUCUCCUACGAAGUGUGAAGCAACCCAGCCCGCAGACGUUGUGAACGAACCCACUAUAACUGAUGAAGAACCUCUAAGUGAGGUCGGCGAUGAAGCACAGCCAGAAAACAUUUGCUCUAACGUUGCGGAUUCUAUGGAAGAUGAUGUUCUUAGAGAACAAGUUGUUUGUGAAACGGCCCAGGAAAGUGUACACCUGAGCAAUCUCGAUACGGCCAAGUCGACAGCUUACGAAGCUAGCGAGAGUGUGGAUGCAUUGAACGCGCCCGCGCCUAAUCAAGAGGAGGGGUUGGCUUCACAGUCACUUAGUAUGGGUGAUGGUAAGAUGCCGGGUGAUGAUACUGCAGUGCCCUUAAGCUGCGAUAAAGAUGAGGGAAAGACUGGUAGUGAAGUGGCAGAUGUGUCCGAAGACUCAAUAAUUUCGGAUAAAUCGUCGCAAAUAGCAGUUGAUGAGGACACAGACAGGACAGAUAAGGUAGCAGCCAUUGGACCUGCCAAGCAUGCGAUGCUAUUAGACGAUGAUAAUGAUGUGGACAGUGAACCAGAUUUGCCCGGAGAGGAUGCGGCGGCUGAUGCACGUGAAGAUACGGAUCCUCAGCCGACUUAUGAUGCAAGAGACACGGGGUGUGCGAUAAGUCAAGUGGAUGGUGCAGAUGACAAGGCCAAUUCUCGUUCGCGUAAACACACAACUCGACCUAAGAGACAGAAAGACAAGAACACUGAUACACAACCGAGUGAUGAAAGCGCUGCAAAGACAAAGAAAAAACAUCUCGCCAACGAGAGGCGAUUGGAAAGCCUGAAAGCCCUACGCGAAACGUCUAAGCUCGCGCAGCCUAUCAAGAUUUCUGCUGACGCUCCGUCAAACAAUAAAAACAAGAUCCGGUUUGACGAUAGUGAAGAUGAGGAUAUGGCAGGCGAUGACGAGAAUGAUAAUGCUGCGAGUGUGAAUAGGAAGCGCAAAAGAGAGAAAAAGCAAAAACGUAAAGAAAAAGAGAAUGCGAAGGCCAAGCGAGCGGUUGCCGCGGAUUUCAUGGGGAUAGGGGGUCACUCAGAGUCAGACGAGGGGGUACAAAACAGUGUUGAUGGCAAUGGAAAGCGUAGCGAAAAGGAUAAACGUAAGAAACGACGACAAGAGGAUACCGAGAGUGGGGAGGGAGGUGUAAAGGGUGACGGAAAGCGAAGUCGAGGAAAGGAGGGAACGGAACCGUUCGGCGAUAACGACGAUGGGUCUCAUAGUGAUAGUUCGGAUGUACCUACUAAAACUCAGGGACUUCCGGGUGUGGACAGUAGUGAUGACAAUGGCGGUGAUUCUGAGGAUGAUGUCGGCUCUGAUGCUGAGAGGUUUGCUAUUAAACCUGUAUUCGAAGGUAAAGGGGGUGCCGAGCUGCUGGAGCUCAAACGUCGUUACCAAGGCGACGAGCGUUUCCAACUGGACAGUCGCUUCAUCGAGGAUGAGUCAUCAUCGAGUGACAGCGAAAGUGAAAGCGAACGUGGUACAAUCGGAACCGAAAAUGCCACAGAUGAGCCAAAUGAAGAGGUGGGUAUGGGCAUGAGAGAUGUUGCGGGGGUGAGAAAAAUAGAACUCAAGGCCGAGCGUGCCAACAAUAAAAAGAUUCUGGAGAGUCUGCUGGGCGUGGGCGUGGGUAAAAAGUACAUGCAGAGCGAUGCUAGAGACUUCGAGGAAGGGUUUGGUGACGAGAUGGAGACGGGCAGGGUUGACGAUGACGAGGUUGUCAGGAACGAGAAGGAGAUCAAUAAGAAACACUUCGUGGAUAUGCGAACGAUGCAUUAUGAUCCCACGAACGAAGAUAUGACGGCGCUGCUCGACGCAAAAGAAGAGGAGGAAGCGCCCUCUAAAAAAGUGAAGAGGGGUGAUGAAGAAGACCACUACGACAAACCCAAAGCCGAAAGUGCUGCACUGCCCGAGGUGUCGAAAGAAAAGGCGUUCGCAGUGCAUGUCACAGCCAUGGCUGAUUACUUCAAAAUGAAAGUGCCCGAGAGUGAGGUACCGGUGGGGAGUGGGACAGGUGCGAGUAUGACUGUGGGGGGGGUGGAAAUAAUCGAUGGUGACGACGAUGAAACAGUGGAUGAGAAGUUAACAACUGGUUCGAGUGGUAGGGAUAAUGAGCUAGAAAAGAAUGAGAAUACUGGCUUCUCUCUAGGAGAUAGCUUCGGAUUUGGAUUUGGUGCGGACAGUCGCGAUGAAGACGAAGACAUGGACGCAGAUGUGGAGACAAGUGCGCAACCUACACAAGCAGGAUCGUUUAACUUGGGAGCUAUAUUGGGUAUAAAAACAGAUUACAAUCCCGAUGACGAGGAUAGCAAUGUAGAGAACAUGUCAGAUCGCACAUCGGGAGAUUCAUCGGAAAGUGAAAGCGAUGCGGAACGGACCUUUCCCCGUAAGACUGCCGUUAAAUCAAACGAGAUAAAGAGUGCGAAAGUAAGCACAAAGUUUGGUGAUUCAACAGUUGUAGCCGGUGUCAAUACAUCAGUUGUUUCGCAACCAGGAGAGCGAUCACUUCUCUUCAAAUGGGCUAUGCCCACGGUAGCUGUUGAUAGUGAUGCCGGCGUGGAGGGUGCGGAAACCGCGGAUAGUGAGCAAACGACGAGCUUGACUGGCGCUGGUAAGCUGCCGGCAUUGUUCAUGCGUACUGACACGCUGGAUGUGGUUAAGAAACGCUGGAUGGAUCGGAGGGAGCAGUUGACGAAAGAGUUCAAAUCGAAGCGGAAGGGCAACCUGCGGAGGGUCAAGAAGGGUGGCAGUAAUAACUUUAGCAGGAACUAAAGCUGAUUCUGUACAUUCAUAUUCGGUGUUACAACUGCCUCGUAUGAUCGUCCAUCCUCGUAUUUGUCGUAUUAGGAAAGUGUGUCAAAUCAACCAAAUUG